CACAGAGCUGGUAAUGAAAUCUUCCAUCAAACACAAAGAAGAUACUGAGAAAGCAGAAGGUGUCGGAUGAAAGCUGAGAAAGGUUUCUUUGUCAUUGGAUUACUGUACUGGAACCUGAUCAUGAGUGUUUCUGCACUCUUUCUACUUAGCAGCCUUUGCCUUCCCAUUGCUGCUCAGGGGCAGCAGUGCUCCAAACCUGCCGACCGGCAGAACAUGCAUCUAAAGGACGAGUACAUCCUUAAAGACACAUUUGAGGAUGGGUCCACUGUGGCCUUCGUCUGUGAUGUUGGCUACACACCCGCAGGAGGUUCUGGAAGCAUCAACUGUACUGCGGGGAUUUGGAGUCCUGUUCAGCUGACUUGCAAGAGGAAUAACUGUGGAUCUCUUGGUGAAGUGACUAAUGGACAAGUUUCCUACCCUCAAGGAGUGGAAUUUGGGGAUAAAGCGUUUAUCACUUGUAACAGAGGUCAUAAAUUAGUUGGUAAAAGUGAAAUCACAUGUGGAAUUCAAGGAUGGUUGGACAGGUUGCCUACAUGUGAAGUUGUUAAAUGUCUUCAGCCAAGUGGUAUUGCAAACGGUACAUUUGGGCCACUGAAGGAAGAUUAUGCAUACAGAGAGGUUGUCGAGUAUUCCUGCAACAAAGAUUAUGCACUCAAUGGAUCAAAACAAAUAGUCUGUGAGGAAAAUGAGAAGUUCACACCUUCUCCUCCAUCAUGCAUCUGGGUUGAGUGUAAGGAUCCUGUGAUUCCAAAUGCAGAAUAUAUUGACGGUUCUCGGCCUCCACAUAGGCACAAGGCUACUGUGAUAUAUAACUGCAAACGCGGGUACAAAAUGAUCGGACAAGAUACCCUGACCUGCAACAUAAGUAGCCAGUGGCAUCCUAGAAUUCCAGAAUGCAUCAGCAAUGGAAAUGUUGUUGUGGGAGGAUUACUGGGUGCACUUGUAAGCAUCACAGUCAUGUUGGUUCAAAAUUACUGGAUGUAAGCGUAUCAUCUCGAGUGGAAGUCUGUCUUCUGACUGAUCUGGGAUGUACCUGUCUUUCAUGUGCUGUGCAGUCUUUGUCAUUUCUUGGGAACUUGAUCCAAAGCGGCAUCCUGGGACAGAUGUAGAUCAAGCUCUGUCCCUGUUUGAUUCAUUCUCUAUAUAAGCACUUCAGCAUCGAGCUUGGCCUUUGUAGUCAGAUUUACAAGUUGUCCUAAGCAUGUGCAAUUAAUUAUAUGUAAAGCAAGUUGCUAUAAUACACUAAAAAUGUAUUAUUUUAGUUUGAAGCUUCACAUAGUAAGAUUGCUGCUCAGAAGGUUUUAUUUGUUCCAGAAAUAUUUUUCAUUAAUAAGAAAUGAAUCAUGUCAUGAAUGAGUUUUGUGUUUCUAAUAGCUGAUCAACCAGUGAGUCUUAAAGGUGCAGACUGAAGAAAACAGAAUGAAUUGCUGGACAAAUCCAUUGUGCCUGAACAAAUGCCAUACUUGAUGUGCCUGAAUGAAAAGAUGUUAAGUAUUGUUUUGUUGUAAUGUAUGUCCUUAAAUAUUCUUGAUGUUAAUUUAUUUCUUAGCCAAUUGUAGUGUUAUAUUACUGGAUAGAACUACAUAUUACACAGAAUAUCAGUUUCUGUGUCAAAUUAAUUCAGGUUUAAUUUAUUGCUGCGUUUUUAUAAGGGGACAGUAUCACAGUAUCAUGUAAAACCAAAGUUUUUUAACUUUAUGUCGUUCUAUAAUGUAAUUGCCUCAUCAAAAACGUACCUGAAAUAUUACUUUUAUUCUUUCACGCAUGUUUAUGAAAUCCGUUAAUCUCUCCUGGCAUUAAGCUGCAAGGUCAAAUUUAUUUUAAGUCAUGUGACAUAUGCCAUAUUUUUGCAAGAACUGAAGCUAACAUAGUUCCUUGAUUGUGAUAUAAAGUGGCUCUAUGUACCUGAAAAAUACACAAUACUGCCCCUUUAGAAAUACUUUACAUCGAAGAGUUAAGGUGUAAUAUCUCAACCAUCUAAACAUUGGAAUUAACCUGGAUCACACAGGGAUGUUUGAACACUGCUCUAAAUAUUGCACUGGUUCUGUCUUUUAUUUAUGAAAUAUAUUUAAAAAAAAUGUUUUUUGCUGUAUUUUGAGCAGACAAAUGAAACCUGCAUUUCCCUUUCCUAUUUAAAGAAAUGUAUUAAAUAAAAAAGAAAUCCAGUUGUACUUAUUGCUUGGUAUUGUAUUGACUGGUAUUGACUGGAGCUUGCUCACAUCUUACUUGUUAUGAAUUUCUCUGUUUGGAAAAUGAUCAACGCAAUAAAUCUGUUUACAUCCUUCA